AUUUUACUCCAGGAGUUAUGACAUUUCCAGCAAUGUCAGCCUUAGCAUGUCAGAAAUAGGCAAAUGGUGUAGAACUUAGCUAUAGUUAGCUGUGACAGGAAUGAAUCUGUGCAGAGACCAUACAUCUCCUUCUGUUCACAACAUCUCCAGUCAAACUGGCUUUGUGAAUUCCAAUAAUCAACUAGUGAUGAGAAAUUUAUAUACGUCCAUGUCGAGCUGAAUGGUGAGAAACUCUUGCAUCUCUUUUAGAAUAUUCUAGAUUGGAUAUCCAUUCACUUGAGCAUAGUAAACAUUGACUCGCUCGCUUAUGUAUGUAAUUCACCAUUUCAUCAGUGAAAAGCCUGCUAAAGUGAGAGGAGACCCAAGUGCACUGACUUCAGGGGGAACAAUGUCAGGGGUGGUAAAUGGUGUAAUGUCCACCUUCAGCCAUGGGUGAUGUUUAGCCAAGGUGCUGGUCAGAGCAUCUGCAGUCUGAUCUGGGAUAUACAUGAGCUGUGUCUUCUUAAAAAAAAUUGCUUUUGGCUACAAGCAAUAUCUGUGUCAUUAAGUUAUUAGUAUAUCAUUAGGUUCAUCAUCAUCAUCAUCAUCAGUGCAACCUGCAUGCCCUGGAACAUAAUCAGGAUCCUCUACAUUUAUUGUCUUCAUUCUGCAUGAUUUUGGAAAAUUAUGACAUAGAUGUAUUUCUGUAUUUCUCAUGUACUUUGCCAUAUCAUUUACCCUCUGCCCUGUUCACAACAACAUCAUGGUUUGACCCUUUUACCUGAUGAAUGAAGAGCAACUUUCUUCCUUUUGUGUGACUGAAUGAAGUUAUAGACUGAAAUAAUACCAGUCUAGAGGUAUGUAGGCGUACAGAUGAAUAUGGGGACAUACUAAAGACGUAUGUGCUCACUGGGCCAUUCAGUUUUACACAAUUAUACUGUUAUUAUAUGUGUGUAGUUGGUAAAUGCUGUAAAUUGUUACUAUUAACGUAUGUGUUUGUUUCUUCAUUUUUAGGUUUAUUUAUUGGUGCAGCAAGCUACAAACUCCGUCAGUAAAACUGACCUAGCUAGUUAGCAGCUAGGCGCUUUUUUGUUGCCAUAUGGCAGACAUGACUGAUUUUGGGGUUUGGUGAAGUGUUUUUCAUUGCUCUUGUAAGGAGAGACUGGGAAAGACUACUUUCCGGUUGCCAAUAGUUACCGCUGACCGGUCAGUUCUCUACGGUGACGUUUUCGAAUUUGUUACGCAACAGAACAGAACCAGAACGAAAGUCAAGGUCAGAUCAGCGCGAUAGACAGAUUUGUUAUUUACGAAACUGUUAGCGAGACACGAUGAGUGAAUUUCGUGAAGAAAUAUCACAAGAAAGUUUGCUAGAGCUGUUGAACGAGUCCUUCAGCAGUGAAGGGGACGUUGUGAAUUUUACGUCCCUACGAGUUCUGCUGCUCGCUUUAAUGAGUGACACAGAGGACAGCGAGGAGACUGUGGACAUGAUGGAGACUGCAGACAUGAUGGAGAUGGAGACAGAGAAGAGGAGGAAAGAGGACGUUGGCCAGGAUGUAGAUGAGUCGCAGCCUCCAAGCCUCUCCAUCUCGGACAUGAGCAAACAAUUGGAGGACAACGAGGAAGCAGUGUCCAAGUCUACAAGUCUCAUGCAAGAGUCAGGAAGAGAUGAGAAUCAGGAGCUCAGGGAGGAGAAAGACAGGCUGAAGAAAGAAGUGGAAAGGCUUCAAAAUCAGCUUAGUCAGUGUAUGACUUUGGAGGAAAUGCAAGCGGCUCUCGUCAUCGAGAGACAAAACAUGUUGAAGGAACUGAAAGAAAGCAUCACUGGCACCGGGUUCCCAGAUACAAGUAGGGAGAUUAAUGUCUCUUCGACCCCAAGAGACCCUUCAACGAACAUAUCUGAUAGAGCCCUGGGCCAGGUCAGCAGUGGGGCUGAGCAGAACCCAGAGUCACCUGAAGCUCUGAUGGAUAUAGCUCAACUAGAUAAGAUGCAGAAGAGCCUGGAGGCUCAUGUGGAGCGCCUGGAAGGAAAAAGAGAAAAUAUGCUGGAGAGGUUUUCCAAGUUUCAGGUGACAGUCAGCCAGAGCAGAGACAGUUUCUCUGGAUUAGGGCAGCAGCAUCAUCUGCAAACAGCUGACCUCAGGAUUGAAGUGCAGAAGCUGCAUGAGGAGCUCCAAAAUGUAAAGCAGAAAGUGCUGGCACUCAGGGAACAGAAGGGAAGCUUAGAGAAGGAAAUGCAGGAUACACAUCAGCCUAUAAAUGUGCAGGAGGCUGUUCUGCAACUACAGGCUGAGUAUGAGAAGCUCCGCACAACCACCCACCAGCUGGUGAAGGAUAAGAAACAGAAAGAAAGUCACACCGAGGAACUGUACAAGUUUAUGAAGGAGCUGGACGAGAAGAUCGCAGACAAGGAGAUAAUGAAAACUGUAGAAGACAUCAAAUCGGAAAUGCAGACACUGGAGAACAAGGUCCUCCUGUGUGAUAAAACAGCAGCCAAGCUGAAGAAGAAGUUCAUGGAUCUUUUCAGCAACUUCUCUGACCAUAAGGAGACCUGUGAAAAGGCUCAUGAGAAGAUCUUCCAAGAACUGGACUGCAAGGUGAACCAAACUGAGAUGGAUCAUCUGAAGAAGCAGCUAGAGGUUUUCAGGUUGAGAAUCCUCAAGCUACACACCCUACCUGCAGAAAGUGAUGAUGCUGCUGUCGUCAGGAAACAGUGUUUGACAAAGUUCAAAUGCCUCCCCUUUGAUGGACCUGACAACAUGAGUAUUCCUGAACCAUCCAUGCUGGUAUUGCCUAAGCCUCCAAGUUCCCCCGCUCCAAAGCACAACAGGAGGCCGAGGCAUAGGACUAAAUUGGACGAGUCAGCUGAGGGAUCACCUACAGAGGGAAGCAUGGAACAAACCAGGGAGGGAGACAGCUGUGGUUUUGAUGAGCGAGUCCACGAGGAAAAGCAAGACAUCAGUUCCGUGAAGACUGAGGAUGUGGGACUGACCGUCACUCCCCCCAAAGAAGGUCAUGGGCUUCCUGCUGGCCUGGACGAGGGGGAGAAGAUCGAAAGUGCAAGGAAAGAGAGGGCCUGUCAGGCCACAUUACCACCUCUGACUGAUCUCACUCAGCUGGACAAGAGGAAGAGGAUGAUGGAUGAGAUGGAGAGGAAGGAGUGGGCUUUCCGAGAGCAGGAGAUUGAAAAGCUGCAAGAGACUCGUUUGACUCUUUUGGUGCGUUUUUUAUGGGAGAGAGAGUCACAACAGGAGAAGGUCACAGAGCAGAGGCUGGAUGAGCAUUUUUACAAGCUGCAGAAAGAGAAAGAAGAACAAGUCCAGAAAAUAUGCAGUGACUAUGAACGCUCUUUGCGUAAACUCAAUGCAAAGAGACAGGGUUUGGAAGAGAAGCUGAAGAGACGAGACAUUAUCAACAAGCCACGCCACGGAGUCUUCCCUGAUCAACAAUCACAAAGCAACGUCGUCAAGAGCUGCUUCCCCGACACCUACCAAGAGCUGGAGACAGAUCUUUCACCUAAAGUCCCAAGAAAGGACAAAGACGCCAUCAGACGCUCAAGACGCAUAGAGAUGUUAUUGAAGACUCACCAGGCACUGAAAGACAAGAAGGACCAGGUGGAGGAAAAGAAGCCCCUACGCUUCCUUCAUAGGGUGGAGAAACCAGCCCCUCGUCCCCCAACGCCCACGGUGGACGUGCCUCCUGAGGAGGAAGAGGAGCUUGCUAUGAUUUGCCUACAGAAGCUGCUCCGAGGCAGAUACAUCCAUUACCAGAUGCUGGAAGGUCUAGAGAAGCACCAGGAGCUGAUCCAGGAGCUGCGCACAAACCACCCCUUACAGCGGGAGGAGCAAGAACUCCAGAGAGAAGAGAAACAGUUCACACAGGCCCUGCAGAGACAGAGAGAGGAGCGUGAGAGCAGACUGGCUCAGACACAGAGCUAUGUAGACGGCAUUUCCGGGGAAGUGAUUGUCGACAUGCUGGACUUCCUGUCGAAGGAGCUGGUUCGCCUGCAGGAGGAAAGGAGGAUCCAUGCUUUCGUGCUGCUGGCAGAAAGGGACCGGCGCCUUCGUGAGGCUGAAGAGAGUGGGCGGAGACAGGUGGAGGAGCGGAGACAGAGAGAGGAGGAUGAGAUCUUCAGACAGGUGACGAAGGUGCACCAGUCCACAGUGGAUCUGUACCUGGAGGAUGUGAUCCUGAAGAGCAUCGAUCAAACUGCUGAAGCUCAGGCCAGAGAAGAGAUCCAAAAGUUUGCAGACGAGCUCGACAACCUCGCUUACGCCAUGGAGGAAACGAGAACCAAUGAGCAGACAGAGGAGAUUGUCGCUGAACAUGUCUACGGCUUCCUCAUUCCUGAAGUAAACAAGGUCACCGCCCAUAAGAGAGUGAAACAGAGUCAAAGGAGGCACUUGACUGCUCCACGUACCCUCAUCCAUGACACUGACAGCUCUUCCACAAGCCCUCGGCCUCUUUCUCCUGCGAGCAGAGCCGCCACCUCACUGCUCUCUGAGAUAAUCGAGCAGAUGGAGGAGGCUUCACACAAGAGCGAUGACCAUCAAGAGAAUGAACACACUGAUUAGUGAUCAUCGAGAAAGAGUUAUGCUAUAUAGCCAAAUAUUUAUGGACAUUUGACCAUCACUUCCACAUUUGUUUAGAUUUAUAGAUUUAAUUCCCUUUUUUAUAAUAAGCUUCACUAUUUCUGUGAAGACUUUCCACUAUAUACACAAGACCAUUAGUAAGGUCAAGCACUGAUGUCAAGUGAGGAGGGCUGGAGUGCAGUCUGCAUUUCAGUUCAUCCCAAAGGUUUUUCAAAAAGGUUGAGGUCAGGGCUCUGUGCAGGACACUUGAGUUUUCCCUCUCCAUUCUUGCUAUUGCUAAAACCAUGUAUUCAUCUACUGUGCUUUGUGCACAAGGGCAUUGUCAUGGUGGAAGUGGUUUGAGCCUCUUAGUUCAAGUAAUGCGACAUAAUACAAAGAUAUCCUACACAAAUGUGUUAUGUCAUUGUCUCCCGCUUAUCCGGAGUUGGGUCGCGGGGGCAGCAGUCUAAGCAGGGAUGCCCAGACUUCCCUCUAACUAGAUACUUCCUCCAACUCUUCCAGGGGAAGAGGGGGUCAGCCGAGAGACAUAGUCCCUCCAGCAUGGGUCUUCCCCGGGGUCUCUUCCCGGUGGGGCAUGCCUGGAACACCUCCCCUGGGAGACGUCCAGGAGGCAUCGAUAACAGAUGCCCGAGCCACCUCAACUGGCCCCUUUCGAUGUGGAGGAGGAGCGUCUCUACUCCAAGCUCCUCCUGGGUGACAGAGUUCCUUACCCUAUCUCUAAGGGAAUGCCAAGCCACCUUACGAAGGAAAUUCAUUUCGGCCGCCUGUGUCCGGGAUCUUGUCCUUUCAGUCAUGACCCAAAGCUCAUGACCAUGAGUGAGAGUAGGAACGUAGAUUGACUGGUAAAUCGAGAGCUUCGCCUUUCGGCUCAGCUCCUUCUUUACCACAACAGACCGGUACAUAGACUGCAUUACUGCUGCCGCUGCACCAAUCCGUCUGUCGAGCUUACGCUCCGUCCUUCUCUCACUCGUAAACAAAAUCCCGAGAUACUUAAACUCCUCCACUUGAGGGAGGAACACCCCUCCAAACUGGAGUGGACAAACCACCUUUUUCCGGUCGAGAACCAUGGCCAUGGAUUUGGAGGUGCUGAUCCUCAUCCCAGCCGCUUCGCACUCGGCUGCAAACCACCCCAGUGCAUGCUGUAAGUCCUGGCUUGAAGGAGCCAACAGGGCAACAUCAUCUGCGAUCAUCGACCUCCGGCCUAGGGUGUCCUGGUACCACGUGUACUGAUGGGCACCCUUAUUCUUGAACAUGGUGUUCAUUAUGGACCGUGGCUAGCACAGAAGUCCAAUAACAGAGCACCACUCGAGUUCAGAUCAGGGGGGCUGUUCCUCCCAAUCACGCCCCUCCAGGUAACAGUCCUUGCCCACAUUGGCGUUGAAGUCCCCCAGUACAACUAAGGAGUCCCCAGUCGGGGCGCCUUCCAGCACCCCUCGUAGGGUCUCCAAGAAGGUCGGAUACUCCACACCGCUGUUUGGCCCAUAAGCCGAAACAACAGUGAGACACCAACCCGAAGGCGCAGGGAAACCACCCUCUCGUUUACUGGGGAAAACUCCAACACAUGGCGGUUGAGCUGGGAGGCUAUACGCAAGCCCACCCUAGCCCGCCGCCUCUUACCAUGAGGAACUCCAGAGUUCUAGAGGGUCCAACCUCUCUCAAGGAGUUGGGCUCCAGAGCCCAGGCUGUGCGUGGAGGCGAGCCCGACUAUCUCUAGCCGGUACCGCUCAUCCUCCCCCACCAGCUCAGGCUCCUUCCCCCCCAGUGAGGUGACAUUCCAUGUCCCAAGAGCCAGAUUCUUUAACCAGGGUUUGGGUCGUUGAGGCCCCCGCCCAUGACUGCUACCCAAAUCACAAACUGCUACUCAAAUCACCUGCACAAGUGUGUCCUUCCAAACUUGUGGCUAAAAGAACCACAUGGAUGUGAUGGUCAGGUGUUCAGAAAUGUUUGGCCAUAUAGUGUAUAGUUUAAAAUGUCAUACUAUUAUCUUUAUAUUUUGUUAUUUUUUUCUUGGAUGCUGUUAUUUUCUUGUGAUAAACAGGUGACUUAUAAAUACCUGAAUCAAUCACCAAAUAAAGCAGUUUAUCCAGCAACAUGUGGGUGGAAAUUGUUUCAUAUUCAGUAGUAUCUAUCACAGAGUGCUUCCACACUCUAUUCUUGUUUGCUUACAGACAAAUAAAACUGACAAAUGAACCACAGCAUAUCUU